UAGAUACUUUUACGCUCCUUUGCUAUAAUAUCCUAUGUGAAAAAUACGCCACUACUCAAUUAUAUGGUUAUACUCCUUCGUGGGCCCUUUCGUGGGAUUAUCGAAAAGAUCGGAUCAAGCGUGAAGUACUGAAGUAUAAAGCGGACAUCGUAUGCCUUCAGGUUGAUACUUCACAAUAUGAAGAAUACUUCAAGGAUGUAUAUAGUAGGUAUGGAGAUUAUGACAGCGUAUAUUGGCCAAAAUCGCGUGCAAAGACAAUGACAGAUGUGGAAAGGAAAUCGGUUGAUGGAUGCGCAACAUUUUUUAAGUCUUCAAAAUAUAAAUUAAUCGAUAAACAAUUGAUCGAGUUCAAUCAAGUUGCGUUGCAACGACCCGAUAUAAAAAAAACAGAAGACAUGUUCAAUCGUGUUAUUACCAAAGACAAUAUUGCAGUUGUAACAUUGCUUGAAAAUAAGGAUAAUUUUUCACGUCUUAUUAUUGUAAACUGCCAUAUUCAUUGGGAUCCUUCAUAUGCAGAUGUUAAACUUGUUCAAGUAGCAAUGUUAAUGGAUGAAUUAGACAAGCUUGCCCAAAAAUGGUGUGAUAUACCUAGCAAAUCAAUUUAUAAUUAUACUUCCCCACAAAAGAUAUCAACUAUUAUUUGUGGGGAUUUCAAUUCUACUCCUGAUUCUGGAGUGUACGAAUUUCUUUCGCGUGGCAACAUAAAACAAGAUCAUUGCGAUUUUGGCGAUCAUAUUUAUGGCUCUUAUGUAUCGGAGG